CGAUCGUACACAUGUACACGACGAACUCUCUUUUCACCAAGGUUUGACAAUGGCGACCUCUAGUUUUCUAAUUUUUGCAUUUUUGGGCGCUGUAUAUGGUUCAGAUGUAAUCGAACUGACAGAUAGUAAUUUUGGGAGUCGUAUUAAGACUAUGGACUUAGCUUUAGUUGAAUUUUUUGCCCCGUGGUGAGUAAAAUUAAUCAUAAAACUUGGUGUACAAUUAUGAGUGGCUUGCACAAUCUUUUGUGACAUAGAAAGUGUUAAAUUUUGAUGCUUAAAUUUAAAGGUUAUUCUAAUUAUUAUUUAGGUGUGGACAUUGUAAGCGGUUAGCGCCAGAAUAUGAGCAAGCUGCGACAACGUUAAAAAAAGGCGAUCCCCCCGUCUCGCUGGUCAAGGUGAGAUAUUUGCAGUGAUUCCAGUGAUUUUCUAUGCUGCAUUGCAAUAUUUUUAAUUAUUGUUCUCGCUGAAAAUGGUAAUCUAGAGUAGUGUACCGGUGUUAACAUUUGUACAUUUAAACUAAUGAAUACUUAUUAAUUUAUAUACAAAUGUGAAAUGUACAACUAUGUGUAUUUCAUGUCAGGGGGGAGGGGAAAACAUUUAUAACAACCAGUAACCUGCAAAACUACAAAUUUGGCUUCCCCAAGAGAUUCAAAAUCGAACCACAACCGAAGAACAAUUCCUAGGGGAUAUUUGAGUGCUAUUUUGGUUCCUCUGCAGUUGUUUUACUCUCCUGGGAAAUUGACCAGCUGCCAAUUAGCCAACCACUUAGUUUCAAUAGUGGCUAUUAAAACCUUCACAAAGUAAUGUGCCCAAUUUAUUAUUUACUCUGUCAAACGACUUUGCUUUAUGCCAUCUGACUUUACUUGAGAAAGGGAGAGUCCUUAGCCAGACAUUCAAGAGCAAACCCUUGUUUAUUAAUUGGUUAGACAAAGGAUUGUUAAAUGAUCCUAACAGCAUGUUCUGGGCCCAUAACCUGUAGACAAAGUUAUAAUCCGAGUGUUUUUUUUCUUCUAUAAAUGUAUUUCUAACUAAUAAAACUUUACGGCAAUUUCUAACUAAUAAAACUUUACAUGUUAUAUGCAAAUUUGAAUAAUUUUAAAUAACCUUUAGAAAAAGUGCUGCCACUGAAUGGGUUAACUAAUUGUACCGUCUUUUCUCUAGGUUGAUUGUGUAGGAGAAGGCAAAGACACUUGCAGUAAACAUGGUGUCAGUGGAUAUCCAACUUUGAAAGUCUUCAGAAAUGGUGAAGUACAGAAAGAUUACGACGGCCCUCGUGAAGCUAGUGAGUGACUACAAACAUAAAGCAUGUACUCUCAUGCUGAAGAAUAGCCUGUGAAAACAGCCGCUACUUUCCUGCUCCUACUAAACAAGUAGCAGCUGUUUUCGUAGGCUAGCUGAAGAAUUACGCACAAAUUAACCACAACUAUGUUGUAUUAAUCAACCCCCAAUUAAAUUUUUUUAGAGGGUAUUGUGUCAACCAUGAAGAAACAGGCUGGACCAAGCUCAAAAGGUAUACUGUAUUAUAAUAGAACUAACACCAGUAAGAUAGAUUUAGCUGUUACCAAUAUUUUAAAUGCAUAAUGCUGGUCUUCCAGGGGGGUGUCUGUGUUCCUUUGGAAAUUUUUCCUUUGUUCCUGAAGCUCACAUUUUUUAGCUUUGUUCCUUUGUUUGCAAAAUGUGCCUUGUUCCUUUCUUUCCUAGAAACCUUGAGAGAGCCUGUGUAAUGGCUAUAUUGUACUUUUCUUUGAAAUUUCUAAUCUUGUGUUCUAGAGGUGACAGAUGCUGCAACAAUGGAGAAAGUUCUUGGUGGAUUUGAUGCUGUUCUUGUUGGUUACUUUACAAGUGAUGGUGAUCUAAAAACCGAAUUCCUUAAAUCUGCUGAUGCUCUGAGAGAAAAAUACCGCUUUGCUCAUACAACUGAUGAAGCUGUCAUGGAUGCACAGGGCCACAAAGAGUAAGC